AUGGACAUAGUGAAGGGCAUUAGAGGCGGCAUCCAGGGCAUUAAACGCAUGUUUGGCUCGCAGAACGGCGACGCUGCCGAAGAAGCAAACGACGUAGGCAGCCCCACAAGCCAGCUCCAAACAGCGCACAAGCUGUCCUCUGAGACUGAAGGCAUUCUGCAACCUCCCGCGCACAACGCUGACGCCAUGUCUACCAAGCUCAGUCAUGCAGCCUCACCACCACCACUGCCUGCGACGCUCCCUUGGGCCUCACCGGACGCCUUCCCACACCGAACCACCGCCUCAAUAGACCUCACGCGCGGCCCAUAUCAAGACGACAAUCUGCCAGAAACCUCACGAAAGCGUCUCGAGCGACUACCACGUCAUAGCAAGAGACGGAACUCAGAAGCCACACCGGUCCCAAAUCCUGCGCUGGGGUUCCGCAGCGGAGCGCACUCAAUGGGCAAGCCAGGGGCAGGAAUGGGCGUUCAGCCGAUCAACACUCUCCAGGACAACUCUAUCGCCGUCGGCACCAACCCAGCUUACGGAAAGGGCAGAACAUACGGCAAACUCAGUCGCAAUACUGCCAAAGUGCCCAGUCGCGAAGCGCUGUUUCCCGGGAGUGAAGAGUACCGCCAACGGCAAUCGAACCACCAUUCGACGGACUUGUACAUGCCUUCCGUCAAACGCAGAAAGACCGAAAAACCUAGUACGGCUCCCGCAAGUUUCGUCGAGAUAACCGAUGACGAGGAUGAGGUGGCACAUCCUUGUCAGGCAUCGGUGCCGCGAGCGUGCUCGGUCGUAUCUUCUGGAAGCCCCCGCAGCACAAUAAGCAAGCAUGCUGGCACCGGGCCGAGACCCGCGUCGCAGCCUACUAGUGAGUUUGAAAACACCAAUAAAAUGCUUGAUCCGAGACGUAACAAGAAGCCACGGCCACGGAGGCCAGGGUCAAAGGGCCCCAGCGAGCAUCGCAACGAGUUGUCUGCCGACUUCCCCUUUCUUGGUGCCGGGAGUCAGCCUCAAGAACAGCCUUUUACCAUCCAUGACGAUACCUUGAAGUCUCCCGAGACUGCAACGGCCUUGAUACUCCAGAGCCACGAGCAAGGCUUGAGACAGGAGCCGCCUCGGAACAAAGCGCAGCGUUCCACUGGACUGACAUCGAAUUACUUCAGACCCGAGAAUCCCAAGAUGCGCAUCAAUGAGUCCACCGCCAAGGAGUCCACUAUAGAACAGUAUGACCGAAUAGCUCGAGAACAGGGAGGCUCAAAUGGGUUACACAAAAACUUGCGAGAACAUCGACAUGCUGAACACGUAUCGAAAGUCGAGCACGACCCUGUCGAUAGUAGUGAGGAUGAGCUAGCGCAGGCAACUCCUAGUCCAUCAAGACAAAGGCGGAGACAGUCACUAUCCAAGGCAAGGCCGAAGGGUACUUCUCAACACACAAGCGAAGCGUUGGGCAAGUCCUACCCGCUCAGAUACGCUCGCACAUAUGACUCCGUCGUUAACUCUGAGGGUGUCCAACUCAGACAAACCAAGACUGACCCGAAGCUCUUCCGCAUCACCACUUGUGACAGUGAAGGAAACGUAAAGACUCACGAGAUCAUCGACUUGAAUCGUAUCAACCGAUCCGAAUCCGACAACAUUAAUCGAAUACGUCUUCUGGGCCCAGCCACGAACGGUAAUCGUUACUGGUUCGACCUGCAAUUUGCCAAUAAUCUCGAGUUUCCAGGCUUUAGAAAAACAUACGUGCAUCCGGAGUGUCUGCAGAAUGUAGUGAAUACAGACAAAUUUAUGGUCGAUUUGUUCGAGAAGCCUCCCCAGUGGAACGACAAGAUAGGCAAGUCACCGAUGAUAAGCGAGGAGAUACAUACAGGCUCUGCGCAUGAUCGCCCUCUAGCAGGUUUCAAACCAUCAAUCCUCGGUGCGCUCAAAGACAGCGCACCUGAUGGUAAGAGAGCGACCACAUCGACCUUGGACAGGUUAAGGCAGUCCCCAAAAGCUACACAAGCACCCUUGCGCUCGGUUCGAUCAACGCGGGCAACAGCGCCAAUCCACAACCACAAAACCCACGAAGAGAUCGAGCCUGAAAGAUACUCGGAAAUCCAUGGUCUGGGGAAGCCAUGGGCCAAGCCACUUAAUUACAGCAUUGACAGCGGUUUUCUCAAACGGCGAAAGGCCACUAUCGAGUUUGACGACCUUGGAAAGCUGGACGAAGGUCAAUUCCUCAACGACAGUAUUAUGACCUUCUACAUGCUCUAUUUGUACCAGGAGCUCAAAGUGUCGAUCGACAGCGUGUAUUUCUUUAACACAUACUUCUACCCGACACUUACAAGAAAGGUGAAAGGGCGAGAACGCAUCAACUAUGAUGACGUCAAGUCAUGGACAAAGCGAGACGAUGUUUUCAGCUAUGACUACCUCGUAGUUCCGAUCAACGAGAAUCUUCACUGGUACUUGGGAAUCAUUUGUAACGUUGGCAAAAUCGGACGGAAAAAAGAACACGGGACUUCGCAAGAGGACUCACAGGAUCUGGAUCAAGAAGCGGCUAGUCUUCACGCAUCUGACAUCCCAUUGAUCUCGAAAAACGAUACUGAUGUUACGGGUCAGAGCAACACUACCGCAGAGACAACUUCGCCUGGCAAUGCCCUUGACACAGAGAUCGUUGAUAAUGAUGACGUCAAUUUGUUCGAAGAGGAGAAGAAGCUCGACCUCAUCGAUCGCGAUACACCGGCUGCUGAUCAAAACACACAGCUCAUUGUUGAGCAAGACGGGCCUAAUAGGAAACAUGUCGAGGACAAGGGCAACUUGGCAGCGCGUUUGCCACUGGAAGCUACAGAAAUCUCAUCGAUUUUGGCUUCGAGUCAGGCAAAGCAAGCCUCAAAGAAGAAGGCCAGGAAUAGCUCACAACUCCAGAAGAAGGAUCCUGAAAAGCCAGUCAUUAUGAUUCUCGACUCGCUCGGCGGAAAGCACAGCAAUGCGACACGUGCUCUGCGACAGUGGCUGGAGGCCGAAGGCGUUGAUAAACGCGGCAUCAUAGCCGAGAUCGACAAUAAGGGCCACUAUCCAAAACUCUCGCAGAUUCCGAUGCAGACCAACUUCUCUGACUGUGGUCUUUACGUCCUGGGAUAUCUCCGGAAGUUCUUCGCAAACCCAGACGAUUUCACAACGAAGCUUUUACAACAGCAGAUGUCUGCACAGUCAGACUGGCCAGAUAUGGACCCCUCGAAGAUGCGUGACGAUAUUCGCAAACUUAUCUUUCGACUGAACGAUGCGCGGAACGGCGCGCGAAAGGAGGCACACAAGGCCAAGCAGACUGCAAAUGGAAAAGAUGCUCCAGUAUCGCCCACGAACAUUGGCUCCAAGGUGAUGAGCCCUGCUCUGAAGCAACCGGAUGCCUCGAAGACCCAAAGUCCAGCUACAGCGCCUUCAGUCGCCGAUCCGGCGCCGACCCCAACAGCCACUACAGUCAAGGCAUCCACACCUCCCACAGACACACCGCGCCUAGGGUCUCCAUUCGGACCUGAAGCACAAUCCGAAAGAGUUUUUUCGCCCAUCACUGGGGCUGUACAAACAGAUGAUAUAGCUUGUGCACCCUCAACUGCACAAGACUUAUCCUCAAAGACACCAGGACGGCCAAGACAGUCGUCUCCCCAACGAACAAAGGGUCCAGAGGUCCGUGUUCCCGCCAAAUCACCGCUUAUCGAUCUUUCAACUUAUGAACCGUAUGAUGGCACGAGUGAUCGAACGCAAUCUCCCAGACAACAGCCAGCUGACUUGACAAGCCCACUGCAGAAUCAUGGCUUGCGCAGUAAAGAUAACGGAAAGCUUCACAUGCCUGCGGCGAAGAAAACACAAGCAAACUCGCCAGCCAGGCCAUCGCGCGAACGUUCGACAGCCUUCAGUCCGCUGCAAGCGCGCAUGCGAUCAGGUAGUCACGAUGACCCUAUCACGCUGGACGACUCACAGGAUCUGGACGCGCCUAUCAAGAAGCAAUCACAAUCUGCAAGAAAGCCUCAGCCUGAGGUCAUCGAGCUCAAUCGCUCUCAGGAAUCCGUCCAGGCACCAGCUCGGCUUGUCAAGCAUCAAACGCAAAGCUCUCCAACACACCACCGAGGAGUCCGUAAGCAGGUUGCCAACCGCGAUGACUCCAUACGAGAUGUCGAUCGCUGCGACUGGGAGGAAGAUCCCGAUCUUAUGCGUGCACUUCUAAAGUCACUAAAUGAUGAGGGCGAACGACUGGCUCGUCUUGACAAUCAUCGGCCGUACGAGCCAGAUGACCCCAUGGAAGAUGUGGUUGACGUACAAGCCGUCUAUUCUCAGUCUUCACACGCGUCGCAAGAGAUUCCCGAGACGCAAGAGGCGCAACCUAUGGAAGUCGACAACGAUGACGAGGCAAUCCCUGAAUCACCGGAGCAACGAAGGAACAGUCCAAGGCCGGAUAUUGUGAUGCUAGACUAG